GCCAUGGUCGCGACUGGGACAUACAGCGAACGCAUAGGAGCUUCUGUAGCAAGCACUCUGGGAUUGAAGCAUUUGGCAUCUCAUUUUAACACUGUACUAAUCUCGUUUGUGGCUUUUACUGCUGUGCAUCUCUUCCUUGCCCCGUUCUUCAGUAAGCGCCUGUUCCCGUUGUCCUUUGGCCAAGCUGGACGUCGCGCGCAGAAUAAUUGGUCAAUCCGGGUCGUUUCGCUCCUUCACGCCCUGGUCAUCAUACCGCUGGCUUUCCGAGCCCUCCAUGUGCCCAGACUUGCGCAAGACAAAGCUUUCGGGUGGGACGACCGUCAUGGAACCCUGGCUGCAGUCGCAUGUGGUUAUUUCCUUUGGGAUAGCGUAGAAUCCGCUGUUCAUUAUAUUGACGUUGGCUUCGUCAUACACGGGCUUGCGUGUCUGGCAAUUUACGCACUGUCAUUCAAACCGUUCCUAGCAUACUACGGAGCGCGUUUCUUACUUUGGGAACUCAGUACGCCUUUCUUGAACAUCAAUUGGUUCCUUGACAAAACCGGCAAAACCGGAUCGACUCUCCAGUUGAUCAACGGCCUGUGCUUGUUAUCUACGUUCGCCGGAGCCCGUCUGAUAUAUGGCGGCAUCAUGUCAUACGAUUUCUUCCAAACGCUCUAUGCCGUCCGCAAUGAACUGCCGACGGCCUACCUUAUAAUAUACGGUCUAGGAAACGUUGUUCUUCAAGGUCUCAACUGGUUCUGGUUCACGAAGAUGAUCGAUGCUUUGCGACGGCGCAUGCAACCUGUCGCCAAGGGCCCAGUAGCAAAGGUCGCUGCUGGCGUUUCCUCCGCAUCUAAUGCGACAAACCUCUCGAGUGUCAAAAAAUUCACCUAACGUUGUUCUUCGUUCGUUUGGUAUCUUGGGGUGAUCCCAUUUGUUCGAAUCUUCGCAUCCCACUCACUAGAUAUUAAGGGAUGUAUGGGUGUGUAUUCGCCAUUUACUCGCGUACGAGUGUAUCGUACGAGGCAAUGACAUGUCAGUGCUACACUCUUUGAAAUGCAGCCCUCACGAGGCUAGCAACCCUCCGCUCCCAUGCCACAAGAUUGACACGACGAGUGACCUCUCUGCGCGCCGGUUCUUUGGAACGAAGUAUACAGUGAAGAUACGCAAAUAGCAACGCAUCCAGCGCAGUCGGAUUUUCGGACGCUAAGAACCACUUGUCCGUCGAUAGACGCUCGGAAAUCGAUUCAAUGGCCUCCGCAUACCGUUCUUGUAUGGUUCGGCGUGAAACUCGGGUUCCCCACGGAGGGCACAGAGCAGCUAGGCCUGAUAUCGGAGUGGUUGGUGUACUCAGUACCGUGUCCAUUGACCGAACUGGGGUCGUAGAGCCUUUGAGGAUGGAAACAAGAGAAGGAGAUGGCUGAGAUAACAGCAGGGCAGCAUGAAUAGUUCCUUCCAGCAAUGCAACCCACGCUCGACUUUCGUCCCGACAGACCAUAUCCCGGUACCCCUCCAAUUCGUCCACUUCCCCAACCUUGCCAUCCGCCCAUCCAGGAAUCAUAUGUGCGGCAAGCAACUCGCCCUGUCCGGCGUCGUCCUUGGUCUGCGUCGCCGGAACAUGUAAGCAUGGUAGUCGUCCGUCAAUGCCUCCGUCAGGCGCAACGUCCCAUCGCACGUUGAUUGUGGUGAGGCCGCGGAGAGCGAGAUAGGCCUGCCAUUUGAGACAUUCGACAUCCGCGCUCAGUAGGUCCGAGUCCGUUGAUGUGAUCGGGGGCAGGAUCCAUAGUGUAGGUGUGUCAAAGACCGUCUCUGGGCGGAACGGAGGACUAAUGGCAGGGUAAGUGUAAAGAGGAAAAUAGGAGAAGAAUGCCUGCAGAGGUGCCGGCACCGUCAGAAUAGAUCUUUUGGAGGUCAUAGUGCUGCAAGGUG